UCGGACAACAAAAAGCACACGCACCAACGCACUUACUGUGCGUGGUCAGUUUUCUUUUGUGAGAAAGAAAUAUGGCAACUCUAAGUGUGAUUGGUAAGUGAGCAGAAUUUGUUCAUGUCAAUGGGCUACCAAGAAUCAAGAUUCUUGAUUUGCUCAAGAGUCUGAAGUUGUUAUGAUGAGUUCCUCUUUGUGCUGAUUUUUAUUGGAUGAGAAUUUGAUUGACCUAUGCUCAAGAAUAAAAACCUUUUUCUGAGGCUGGAGUUAGGUGGCGUCUCAGGCUUCUAUCCGAGAGAACACCUAUUUCCCUCUAAGUUGACAUGUGCAGGCUUUUGCUUGUCUGCUUGCUUGGAUGCAGUUGAUUUAACUGGAGACAGAAGACUGCACUCUCCAGUGCAAAUAGGGAAGAAAGGUUUUGGAGAUAGGAAGCUUCCAUUUCAGGUUCUUGAACCGAUGGAGAGCAAUACAACGAUUCAAGAAAAUGCGUACAACUUGGGUCUUCCGUCCGCAUAUGAUACUGCCAUGGAGACACUUUCCUCUCUCAUUACCAGCAAAAGACGAGGAGAUGGAUCAAUAAGAAGUGCUAAAUAUGACAAAUUGGAAAGGAUGUUGAUGUAUAUUAAGAUUUUGGGUUUGGAAGAACAUAUAGCUGGACUCAAAAUUAUCCAUGUUGCUGGAACUAAAGGAAAGGGUUCGACAUGCACAUUUUGUGAGGCAAUUCUCAGAGAGUGUGGAUUCAGAACUGGACUAUUUACUUCUCCGCACUUAAUUGAUGUGAGAGAAAGAUUUCGUCUAGAUGGGAUGGAUAUAUCUGAAGAAAAAUUUCUACAUUAUUUUUGGGAAUGUUGGCAUCAGCUGAAGGAGAAUCUCACAAAUGAUUUGCCUAUGCCUCCACUUUUCCAAUUCCUCACUGUAUUGGCCUUUAAAAUCUUUGCAUGUGAGAAGGUCGAUGUUGCCAUCAUUGAAGUUGGUCUUGGAGGGAUCAGAGACUCGACAAAUGUGAUAAAGAAUCCUGUUGUCUGUGGUGUUAGUCCUCUGGGCAUGGAUCAUAUGGAAAUAUUGGGAGAUACACUUGAGCAGAUUGCUUCUCACAAAGCUGGAAUUCUUAAGCCUCAAGUCCCAGCUUUCACGGUUCCGCAACUAUCUGAAGCAAUGGAUGUUCUUCAGAAGAAGGCCAUGGAAUUGAAGGUCCCCUUCGAAGUUGUCGCCCCUCUUGAUCAUAGAAAAUUAAAAGGAAAGAAACUAAGUUUGUCUGGUGAUCACCAGUUUACUAAUGCUGGUCUUGCUGUUGCCCUUUGUAAAAGUUGGCUCCAGACUACAGGAAAUUGGGCUAAGCUGUUCCAACAUGACGACGUCGAAGACAACCUGCCUGAGGCAUUUGUGCAGGGUCUUUCAACAGCGCGUCUUUCUGGAAGGGCUCAAAUUGUUUACGACUCUGCUUCGGCAUCUUCUGACACAGCUGGUAGACCUGGAAGUUCUUCAGGUGAUUUGAUCUUUUACUUGGAUGGAGCUCACAGUCCUGAGAGCCUGGAAGCUUGUGCCAGGUGGUUUUCUCAUACUGUAAAAGAGGGGGCGAAUCAAUCAUCAGUUUCAUCAUCCUCUUCAAAGCUUCAAACAGAAGAAGUUUGGAGUAAUGGUCAUGUUCAAGCCGGAAAGAAUGAGGCAGACAAAAUAUCCAAGCAGAUUCUCUUAUUCAACUGUAUGGAUGUGAGAGAUCCAAAAAUUCUUCUUCCGACUCUUGUUGAUACAUGUGCCUCAUCAGGUACUUAUUUCUCAAAAGCUAUUUUUGUGCCGAGUAUCUCAACUUAUGGUAAGGUCACUUCUGGUUCAUCGGAUAUCCCUUUGGAGGACCCUUCCAAGGAUUUAACGUGGCAGUUUAACCUACAAAGAGUAUGGGAGAAGAUAAUUCAUGGAAAAGAUUGCCUUCGCAAGAGUUCAGAGAUGCAAAUUGCAGAGAGCACACCACCCCGCAGAUUCAUUGAUGAGGAUAUGUCCAAUUGCAAACCUUCUGAUGGACAUUUUGCUUGUAGCGCUGUGGUUUCUUCACUGCCGAUGACUAUCAAUUGGUUAAGGGAUUACGUUAAGGAAAAUCCUUCUUUCAGAAUUCAGGUUCUUGUGACGGGGUCAUUGCAUCUCGUUGGAGAUGUACUAAAGCUACUGCGGAGGUGAUCCAAGACAAUCUUGGAGCUCCCAUGGAGAUACUAUCUGCUCCAACUCCAGUGUCAUUUUUACAGCAGUCAAGCAACAUUUUCAGACGGCUAGACCCCACAAUUGUGGGUAAUUUCUUUUAAUUAUUUUCGAGUUUACUUACUUGAGGAAGCUCAAGAUUUUGUCAUCCCUCAGAUUAAGCUCCUCAAAGUUUUAUGGUAAGCUUGAACACUUACCAAGCGUUUCUGUCAUACCAUACAAUUGAAGGAUUACUACUUGGUGUCUCGGUCAAAAUAAUCGAACUCAUUAAUGUAUCUUCUCUACGGAAUGUUGAUAGUAUUCUUAGAUCAAGCAUGAGAUAAGGCUCAAAAAAUGGUUGUAUAUGUAUUAUUCACAAGAAAACAAGAGAGGAAAUUGAAUACUGAAUACUGUAUUGAGAACAGAAUUGAGUUUUUCUGGUAGCAUAAAUCUCAAAGCUUCAUACCUGGUUUUUGCCUGACGGGCAAUAAGGCAGCCUGGCCUUUGAUCAUCUAACUUGUCUAUAAUCUUCUUGGUUGGUUUCGAUUUCGAUCUCCUAUGAUCUUUUUCCAUGUUGUGGAACACCAACGAUCAAAUUAGCAGAAUCUGAGGCAGGUUUUCUUGGAUCAUUGGUAGAAACUUCUGUGGAUUUUCAGAAAUUUUUGGUCUCUGGAAAUAAAGAGGAGGAUCAAAUUGUGGGAUAGAAUCAAGAACAAAAAUGCAGGCCAAAAUCUGGAGAAAUCAGCGCCAGCAGAAGGGCAGGACAGGGAUAUGAAUGGAUGUGAUCAAGGAAACUCAUCCUGUUCUAUUCAUAAAGAUUGAAUUGGAGAGUAACGAACAUACUUUGGAUGAAAGAAAUUGGUCCAACUUCGAAAGCAAGCGUUCUUGGCUCGAAGAA